UAGUACCUACUUUAAUUUAUCUAGUCGCAAAAUGCCUGCAUCUGCAUUGGAGGAAGAUUUGUUAGAAAUUUCGAAGAAGCUUACACGGAUGAGUAAAGAUGUUGAUAGACAGCUCGGUGGUGCCAUUGAUUUGAUCGAGGCUCUCGAAAAGAUGCCAGUUAAUAUCGAAGUUUUAACUAAAACUCGUAUUGGAAUGGUUUUGAAUGAUUUUCGGAAAAAAGUUGAAGACGAGAAGUUGGCAAAGCGUUGUAAAGCGCUCAUUAAGCGAUGGAAGGCUUUGUUAGAAGAGAAGGCAGCUCAAUCUCGUUCAAGUACUCGUUCUAGAUCUCCGGAUGAAUCAAAAAUGCCAGUUGUAGAGAAUAAAAGAGGCGAUAUGAAUGCUGUUGCUUUAAAUUCAAAGUCAAGGCCCAUGAUGAAUGGAAUCUCGUCUGGUGCAACGGAUGUUCGAUCUAAAAGUGUUGAAAUGUUGUUGAAUGCUUUACGAUCUGGUGAAAUUCCGGAUGGUACGUUGGAUCCUGAAGAUUUGGCCAGACGAAUUGAGAAACGUCUUUUUGAUUUUCACAAUGGGACAGGCGACAAAUACAAGUCAGCAUUACGCUCGCGCGUUUUCAAUCUUCGGGAUAAGAAGAACCAGGCUUUGCGUGAAAAUGUCCUUACUGGAGCUGUGGGUGCCGAGAAGUUUGCUACAAUGACGACUGAAGAGAUGGCUUCCGAGGAAAUGAAGAAGACCCGUGAAAUGUUUACCAAAGAAGGAAUUCUCGAACAUCAAAUGUCUAUUCAAGAAGGGACUCCAACAGAUAUGUUCAGAUGCGGAAAGUGUGGACAAAACAACUGCACAUAUUCUCAAAUGCAAACGAGGUCUGCUGACGAACCGAUGACUACAUUUGUUUUUUGUCGAAGUUGUGGAAAUCGUUGGAAGUUUUGUUAA